AAGACAAUUUUUAACGAACAUCUCUCGAACAACGAGAGAGUGCGAGAUCGACGAUUAGUGUCUAAAGUAUUUGAACGUUAAUUACACUACUUGCUGUAUUUAGUCCUAUAUUUGUGUUGGAUAAUCGAGUGAAUCUAGUGAAGCAUCUGCUUGUGAAAACAGCAAAUAUGAGACAAACAUCAAUGGGACGUAAAUCGUCCUUAAAUCCAGUGCGUGUGUCAACGUUAGGGGAUAAGGGAUCUAAUCGUGUGGAUCCACGAAAGACCUUGAAACCAAGGGGAUCAUCAUCAGUGGGUGACAGUUCACAAAUUCCGAGACCGCGGAUUCGAAGUGAUUCGUGUGAGCGAACGAGCAUUCGACCAUCUACAUCAAGGACAACAGCGACUCCAGUAACGAAUCUACGGACUCCCAGUGAAAUAACAAGUCUGGCGAGAGGACGUUCUCCAUCAGCAGAACGUGCAAGUGUUUUAGGCGCCACCAAGGGCCCUAAAAAAGACACAAGGCCCCUCAACGAUAAAAGCUAUCAGAAUAUAAUGCUAACGAGAAUUGACAACUUCUUCAGCGAUGCUCAAAAGUCUGCUAUGCUGAACACUUCAGGAAGUUUGAGGCCAGUGUCACUCAAAAUUUUCGUCAAUGCGUCAGAUUUUUUGUUGAAACUCCUGGACUAUAAACAAGAAUUAAACCUCACAAAUUACAUGGAAGAACUGCCAAAGAUAGCGAAAAAACUGCAUUAUCCUGGUGUUAUGGCAAAAUCGUGGUUAAAAACGGCAAACACUAUGCACUCAUUUGCCCACGUGCUUGGAUGGCUGUGCUGGCUUGUAGAAAUUUGUGAAGUCAAGGACAUUGCCAAUCAAACAUUCCAAUUGAAUGCAUUGCCAUUCAGCGAUUGUGACGAUGGCGAAGUAAUAAAUCGCAGUUUAUUCGUUUCACUUUUGGAAUUAUACAAGGUGUGGAAUUACGGUAAAGAGGAUGAGGAGAAGGCCCUCGAGGACAAGUACAUCGAUGGAAUAGCGAAUCAAUGUGGUUUCACUGAGGAAGAUGUGGCACAGGCCCAGACAGAACUCGAAGAAACAAUCAAGAAGGAACAAGCGUUACUCCAGGACGAUCAGCUUGACAUUGAUAAAUAUAAUGCGCUCAAUGAAAAAUUGCAAAUGAUCAUUGAAGAUGAGAAUAAACAGACUAACCAUUCAUCAGCGCAAGCGAAAUAUUUGAAAAAUAUCGAAUGUGAAAUUCAACAGUUGGAUAAUGAAUCUCAGCUGUACGACAGAGAGAAACGAAAGUAUGAGGAUAAACAUGAUAAACUGAAUAAAAUUAUACAACAGCAGGAGAUGAAUAUCGAUGAGAGGGAUGCCAUUGUUUACCAGUGCUCACAAAUUCAAGGGUAUAUCAAUAGCUUCAAUGAUCAUCUGGAGGAGAUUCAAAAAGAAGCUUGGGCAUUGGACAUAAAAGUCUCAAAAUCUCGUGAUCAAUUCGAUAAAGCCAUACUGGCAUUUAACAGAGAUAUUGUCAUUAAUAUAAAUCACGAUAUUACUGGGGAUUUGGAUGAAUUGAAGAUGCCAGAGACUUUUCCCACAACGGAUAUUGUGGAGGCGCUCAAACAAAAGGCAGAAACAAUUACUAAUCUGAAAAAUACAAUUAAGAAAGAAUUGAGUAAUUACCAAACGUUAAUCGAUACUCAGUCUACCAAGUUGGAGACUUUACUCGAUAAAAUAAAAGCCCUCGAUCAGGAGAAAAAUCAAAUGGUGUUGAAGAAUAGUGAAACAAGGCAGUUUAUUAAGAAAUUGAAGGAGCAUGCUAAGGACGAGGAAAACAAAUUGCACGAUGUUAUUCAACGAAUACAGACUGAUAUGAAAGAGUUACAGCAAUCUCUACCAGAUGUACAAGUGAUGGAGAGUCAAUUGAUCGAAGCGCAGGAAAAAUUACAAGCUGUUACAAGAAGAAAAAUUCAUCUCGAGCACUCGGCUCAACGAUUUUUCACUACAUUCUUUCAAGUUCUGGCUUCUCAUAAAAAUGACAUCAAUAAACAACUGAGAAAGUGUUGAGCUAUUAUUCUUUCAUCUUCU